AGGAAGAGAAGUUUUCAGGAACAUGGCUCGUACCAAGCAAACUGCCCGUAAAUCCACUGGUGGUACACCUAGGAAGCAGCUCGCUACGAAAGCAGCUCGCAAGAGUGCGCCCUCUACUGAGGGGAAGAAACCUCAUCGCUACAGGCCGGGUACUGUGGCUCUCCGUGAAAUCAGACGUUAUCAGAAGUCUACUGAACUUCUGAUCCGCAAACUUCCCUUCCAGCGUCUGGUGCGUGAAAUUGCUCAGGACUUCAAAACAGAUCUGCGCUUCCAGAGCGCUGCUAUUGGUGCUUUGCAGGAGGCAAGUGAAGCCUACCUGGUUGGCCUGUUUGAAGAUACCAACCUCUGUGCUAUCCAUGCCAAACGUGUCACAAUCAUGCCAAAAGAUAUCCAGCUAGCACGCCGCAUACGUGGAGAGCGUGCUUAAACUCCACUGUGGUGGGUUUGUCCUUCUCAAUACAAAUCUCUUCUUCCUGUUAUUGGUAGUAAUGAACGUUAGAUAUUUUUUUUCCAUGGGGUUAAAAGGUACCUAAGUAUAUGGUUGCAAAUGGAAACAUAGGGGACAGAAUCGGAUAUUGGCAAGUUUUUUUCCAUUUUCAUUUGUGUGUGGAUUUUUAAUAUAAAUGCGGAGACAUAAAGCAUUAAUGCAGUCAAAAAUGUUCCAGCGAACAAGUUUCAACAAUUCAACUUUAUAUCAAUUAUAAAUAAACCUGUCAAAUUUUUCUGGACAAUGCCAGCAUUUGGAUUUUUUUAAAACAAGUAAAUUUCUUAUCGAUGGCAAUUAAAUGGUGUUUUUAGCAUUUUUAUCAUACAGUAGAUUCCAUCCAUUCGCUAUACUUUUCUAACUGAGUUGUCCUACAUGCAAGUACAUGUUUUUAAUGUUGUCUGUCUUCUGUGCUGUUCCUGUAAGUUUGCUAUUAAAAUACAUUAAACGACA